GUCACAAUCAGUCUCAGUUGUGUCUAAAAUCCCGCUUCCUUUGGUUUCUUCAAGCGUAAACAACCAGAGACCCUCAACGAGAGAUCACCUACAACAGUCACAAUGUCGGACCCUCUGCCCCCUGAUACUGUCACUGGGACAGGAGGUCACUUGGACGCCAAAGCAGCCGCCGAGUACCGCACAGAUGCCACGCGAUGGAGGCUUCGCGUGGACAAUGGCCGCCACAUGUGGGAGUACAUCACCAACGACGAAGAAUUGAAGAACAGACCACAAAGUUUCGUCGAGCGCUACUGGCUGGGCGAGAGCUAUGAACUGCCUCGCCUCCCGCCUCCACGGUCACCACAGCAGGCCUUGGACAGGGGAUGGAACUUCUUCAAACGACUGCAGACGGACGACGGACACUGGGGCUGUAACGACGACGGUCCGCUCUUUGUCACCAGCGGCAUCGUCAUCUCAUCGUACAUCACCGGCACAGAGAUCCCCCGGCCCAUGGCAGACGAGAUGAUUCGCUACUUGAUGAACUUUGCCAACACGGAGGGUGGUUGGGGACUCUGGAUCGACAGCCCCUCGACGGUGUUUGGGACGACCAUGAACUAUGUCAUGCUUCGCAUCCUAGGCGUGAGCCCGAAUCACCCCGUUCUCAUCAACGCCAGGGCUGCGCUUCUCAGGAUGGGGAGUGCGCGUGCCCUGCCUACAUGGGGCAAGUUCUGGAUGUGUGUCCUCGGUGUCUACGAGUGGGACGGCAUCAUCCCUCUGGCCCCAGAACCAACGCUGCUCCCGACGGCACUGCCCUUGAAUCCGGGCAGUUGGUGGGUUCAUGUCCGCAAUGUCUUCGUCUCCAUGAGCUACCUGUACGGGGCACGAUUUCAUCUACCGGUGAACGCGCUGACGAGCGAACUCCGUCGCGAGCUUUACGACAUUGAGUACGACCGGAUCGACUGGUUCGCGCAGCGCAACAACAUCAGCGAGUUCGACCGCCUAAAGCCCAUCACGCCACUCCAAAGGGCACUGACAGGUGCUCUGUGCACAUAUGAGCACUGGAAACUCCCAUCUCUGCGACGUGCGGCUCUGCGAGAGGCUCUGUUUCAAGUCGAAGCGGAGGUGCUCAAUACCAAGUACUUGUGCAUCGCCCCCGUUAGCUUCGCGUCCAACAUGCUUGUUCUCUACCACGCGCACGGCAAGGACAGCCACUGGAUGAAGGGAAUGAAGGAACGCAUCAUAGAUCCUAUGUGGAUGUGCCGCGAGGGCAUGGCCGCGUCAGGCACCAACGGUACCUCCCUCUGGGACACCGUGUUCACGGUGCAGGCGGCCAUAGACGGGGGUCUUGCGACGCUGCCUGAGAACCGCGACGCCAUGAUCAAGGCGCUGCGAUUCAUUGACGAGUCACAGAUCCGCGAGGACCCCCUUGGGAUGAAGCAUGUAUACCGUCAGUCGACCAAAGGCGCGUGGCCCUUUAGCACGCGAGAUCAGUCCUAUGCUGUCUCAGACACAACGGCGGAGACGGUUCGGUGUGUCGUUGAGCUGCAGAACACGGGCGUCGUCCCCAAGCUCGUGUCCGAUGACCGACUGAAGGAGGCAAUUGACUUGAUCCUGGGCAUGGAGAACAAGUGUGGUGGCUUCUCUGCCUUUGAGCCCAUCCGAGCCCCCAAGGCACUGGAGCUGCUCAACAUUACCGAGCUCUACGACGGCGUCAUGACAGACAACCUAUUUCCCGAGUGCACGAGCUCCGUCCUCCUCUGUCUCAAGACGUUCUCGGAUACCUACCCCACCUACCGCCAGUCAGACAUUGCGUCCUGCGUUGAGAACAGCGUCAAGUAUCUCGUCCAGUCCCAGUUUCCUGACGGAGGCUGGAUCGCAGCAUGGGGCGUCUGCUUCACGUACGCCACCAUGUUCGCCCUACAAGGUCUACAGACAGUCGGCCUCUUUGAAGCCAACAGUGUCACCUGCCGCCGCGCCUGCCAGUUCCUCCUACGCUACCAGAACGCAGACGGAGGCUGGGGCGAGGAUCUCACAAGUCUCAAGCACAAGCGCUACAUUCAAGAUCCGGCGGGCAGCCAGGUGACAUGCACAGCCUACGCGCUAAUUGGGCUCAUGGCGGCGCGCUGCUCGGAUCACCAGGCCAUCAAGGAUGGUGUCACCUGGCUGGUCAAGGCGCAGCAGGAGACAGGGGAGUGGUGCCAGACGUCGCUGGAGGGCAUUUUUGCGAAUCCGGGGGGGAUGCGCUAUCCGAACUACAAGUUUCAUUUCUCGCUGGCGGCGAUUGGAAAGUUUAAGGAGAUGUAUGGGGACCCUGUUCUGUUCUGAAGGAGGAUGCGCAUGUAAUACCUAGCGAGACACUUGAGAUAUGAAUUUGAUAGGUACGG